AUGACUUCUUUAGCUAAAUUAAAUGCUCAAUAUGUACAAUAUAUUAUUAAAUAUCCAUUAUUAACUAAGUCAAUUACAACUGGUAUUUUCUGCGGGUUAAAUGAAACAAUUUCAUCAAUUUUAACUGGUGAAUAUAAAGAAUCUAAAAUAUUAGGUAUUAACAUUAAACAUGUAAUUUCAAAGAAAUUAGUUAAAAUGAUUAUUUAUGGUUCUUUAAUUGCGACACCAAUUAGUCAUUAUUUAUAUUAUAUCAUAAAUAAUAAAAUUUUUAUUGCACCCUUGACAAGUAAACAAAAAGUAUUACAAAUUUUAACAAGUUUAUCAACAGUUACACCAAUUUUAAGCGCAUGUUUUGUUUCAUGGAUAUCAUUAAUUAAUAAUUAUACACCAGGUAAGGAAGAUUUGUCAACUGAAUUGAAAAGAAUCAAAAAUGUUGUUUCUACAGGUUUAAAAAAAGGUUAUUUUUCAGUUUUAAAGACGUCAUUGAUUACAUCAUUAUUUGCUUUAAUUGUUGCUCAAAGAUUUGUACCACCUGAACUUUGGGUUGUCUUUUUCAAUCUUGUGUAUUUUAUAAUGGGAACUUAUCAAAAUACAAAAUUGAAAAAUUUACAAAAAUUAAAUAGAAAAUAA